GGCUUCCGAAUAUAUACGGUCGGAAAGUCUACGGCACUCUGGAACACGUGGGCAGAGUGCGUUUGCGCCACGUCUUGCACUGCAAUGCGCAUUUCAGCUUACAUAUGUUCGUACGAUACAUAAAUCGCAUGAACAUAUAGUUUUAAUUAAUGAUAGUACCACAAUUUACAAUCCCGCGUUCAUUGAUUGGAAUGUCGGAUUUCUUUUGAUCAAUGUAACUCGGAUAGAUUCGAAAAGGUUUCUGCUAUCGGUGUCAGUAGUACCUGCGGACUAAACAUGGCGACCGAUCCACGUUUUCGGUGAUAUACCGCCUUUUUAGGUUAUGGACGUUAAAAGAGAUCGAAGCGUUUAUCUGCAAUAUCAAGUUAUUUUUCAUUCGUAAAUUAGAAUUUGGUAAUCUUGCGCAUACCAUUCACGGAUAGACGGUUUAGAAGUAUAAAAAUGGACAUCAGCGCGUUAUUUAAAGCCUGUGUGAAGACUGUACGUCUUCGCAACAAAGCUUUGGGUAUACCAAGCGACCCAAAGUCCCCAUUAAAAAAAACCACGAAGCAAACUCCGUUUUUCCGCAAAGCCAGAGACGUUGUAAUGCAAAUAACAAAGUUGAGAGAUUUUUUGUUAGAAAAUAGAAAGGCGUAUUUAAAUUUUGCCAAUCACUUAGCGAGUCAGCCACAAAUGAGCGAAGCUGAAAGAGAUCAAAUUGAUUUAGGUGCACAGAAGAUUAUGACCACUUGUUCUCAUCUCAUAAAAGAUCUUGAAAGAGAACUGGCUGGAUUUGAUUGUGCACGUCAGGAUCUAGAACACAGAGAAAUAGUACUGCUGUUGAUUGAGAAAUAUUUGCGAGAUGUCUGCAAAGUAUAUUCAGAGCAGAAAGCGAUCAGAGUAAAGAGAGCAAUGGAGAUGAGGAAGAUGGCUAGAUUAGAAUCGAAUACAAGCAAACUAAAGGUGUCUAAAUCAUCGCUCAGUGUACCUGAAGUACACGAGGAACGAGACCAGCUAAGCUCCAGUGAAUCGAGUCCAAUGAAAAUCCAAGAAAUCAACGGGGAUGUUAAUUUAUUGGCAGAUGACGAGGAGCUCACUGCUGAAGAUAUUCAAAUACUUGAAUCUGAAAAUGCUCAACUGCAUAACGAGUUGAAUACGUUAACUGAAGAGGUAAAGCAAGUCGAGAGCAAAGUUGUCCACAUUGCCGAACUGCAGGAAAUAUUUACAGAGAAAGUAUUGGAUCAGGAUAGAAAUUUAGAUAGAUUAAUGACAACCGUUGUUGGAUCUACAGAAAAUGUCAAAGAAGCGAAUGAACAAAUCCGUCAAGCCAUUCAAAGGAACGCUGGUUUGAGAGUAUGGAUUUUAUUUUUUCUCAUUGUUAUGUCAUUUUCACUUUUAUUCUUAGACUGGUAUAACGAUUGAAAUAAAUCUAAACUUAGGUCAAUAGAUGUUUACAUUUCAUACUUCUAGUGUCGGAGACAA